CCAUGGACUUACAUCAGGCCCGCGAGAGAGCGCUCACUACCUCCAGAACGUCGGACGGCUCCACACAGCAGUUCUUCACUGGGCCUUCCAACAUCGUGUCCUCGAUGAGCCCUAUACUCAUGCGAGGACAGUCACCGCUCGGCCAGAGGGAGCGGAGAGGCUCCCGGCCGCCUUCCAUCCGGGCGGUCUCGGUACCACCUAUUCACUCUCCGGUUCUGUCAUCUCCGCGCAGCAGUCGCCGAAAGUCGUCGUGCGCCAUCCCUCCUACAUUUACUAGUAGGUCCAACAAUGGGCGUCACUCUUCACCCCUCGUACCUGGCCGUCCUAGUCCUCGUCUCUCUCUGGUCACCAAUCCUCCUCCAAUCUCUAUAAUUACAAAAGAUAGACGGAGGGCCACUCGGUCACCAUCCAUCCGCUUCCAACACACCCCGCGCUACAGCCAUCGGUCGUACAGUCGCAGCCCCAGCGUAGCGCCUUUCUUCCAGAACAUGGUUACUGAGGAGUCGCUUCGAGGUGAACGCCGCGUGACUUCUUUUGCAUACGCCACCCCAUUCAGCAAUGCGCCGCCAGAAUACCCGUCACAGCGAGUACGGAACCGCACUGUUCGACUGCUCGAGAAUGACGACGAGGACAUGGCCUCUGAUGAUGACCACGGCAGCUCUACAGACAACGACGACGACGAUGACGACCCCGACAUUGAUGUCUACGAAGAUGAAAAUGACAUGCUCGAUAACAUAGAGAGCGACUCUGAUCACCACCAUCACCACCACCACCGUCGCCGCUCAUCAAGCCAACCAAGACAAGCACACAACCAACCCUUGCAGGAACAGCAGUCGUCGUCACAGCCACAGGGCCCCGAAGACGAGGUCUGGCCUGGCAUCGAAGACAAUGCCAUGUCAGAUGAAGAGAAUGUCAACCCUCAUGAGGCUGAAGAAGGGGACGAGAUGGAUGACGGCAGCGAUACCUCGUCCGAGCCAUCAGAGUAUGCCAGCACCCAGCGAGCAUGGCAAUUGCUGGCUGCCGGCGGGGGCAGGGAGAUGACGCACGGUCUCGAAGGGGACGAGGCCGGGGUCGGGAGCACGGGAUUCCAUAUCCAUGAGGAUGAGGGUGAGGAUGAAUCUGACGGUCAACAUGAGUGGUGACGCCGCUACUGUUGAGAUGCUGGGUUGGUGUCGGAACCAUUUCUUUUGAAUUCGCACCCGGGGCAUCGUUCCAUCUUCUUUCCAAUUACACACCAUUUUGGGGCUGUCUUGGAGCCUUGUUUUUCUUCUUUUUCUUUUCAUCUAUCCUGUCUUGUUCAAGUAUAUUAGCAGAGAACAAGGCGUUGGCUCAGGAGUUUGUAUGUGUAUACCUAUUUCAUUUCCUUGGUUCUGGAUAAUUAUGGCAAGGCAGGGGUGAGUUUCAACUCCAUCACUUGGUGUCUUUGUCACCUAGGUAAUCCCACAUACUCUAUUCUCAUCAUCAUUCACACCCUUC